AUGUUUACCGUCUCAGAACUUGUUGUCUUGCUGGCCGUUCUGUGUGCUACCGCGUCCGGCUACUUUGUUAGCAUAGAUGCUCAUGCUGAAGAGUGCUUCUACGAGCGGGUCAACUCCGGCACGAAGAUGGGCCUCAUGUUCGAGGUGGCCGAGGGAGGCUUCCUGGACAUCGACGUAGAGAUAACAGGGCCUGAUGGUAAACAGAUUUACAAAGGGGACAGAGAGUCCAGUGGGAAAUACUCCGUUGCUGCACACAUGGACGGAACCUACAAGUUCUGCUUCAGCAACAAGAUGUCCACCAUGACACCCAAGAUCGUCAUGUUCACCAUCGACAUCGGAGAAGCGCCGAAAGGCCAGGACAUGGAGACGGAAGGUGGUGACAGCUGGGAUGCUCAUCAAAACAAGCUGGAGGAGAUGAUCAACGAGCUCGCCGUCGCCAUGACGGCAGUGAAGCACGAGCAGGAGUACAUGGAGGUCCGCGAGAGGAUACACAGAGCGGUUAACGACAACACAAACAGCAGAGUGGUCCUGUGGUCCUUCUUCGAAGCCCUCGUUCUGGUGGCCAUGACACUCGGACAGAUUUACUACUUGAAGAGAUUUUUCGAAGUGCGACGAGUGGUGUAGUUCCCUCAUCCAUCCCUGUGUGUCCUCCACUGUUCUUUUUUUUUUUUUUUCCCCCCCUCCAACAUCAAGACAAUUAUUUCCACACUGAAAGACAAGACUGGCCGUUUUGAGAAAAGCCAACAUGUGAUUUGAUCUGAUGAUUUUUUUUUGUUGUUGUUGCUGCUCUGUUACUUGCUUGAUUCCCUUUUUAAUUGUAUGUUUGGAAACAAAUGGCCAAAAGAG